AUGGGGAGGAUCAUCAAUGAAGUGAAUACUCGCCCUGGCGUGUGUCCCCCCUGCUGCGAGGGCUCCCCAAUCUGUGAGAGCUGGGUGGUCACCGCCACCCACUGCAAUGUUUUCAGCCACCCUGACUAUUACCAAAAUUCCAUCCACAAUACCAUCGCCCUGGUGAAGCUGGUGAAACCCGCCGACAUCUCUCAGAGAGUAUCGCCUGUAACACGGCCCAAAGCUAGGGAAAAUGUCCCUGAAGGGACCCUGUGUGCCAUGACUGGCAUGGCCUCCACCAAUCGCAAGGACAUUCGGAAUUCUGACACAUUGCAGCAGGCUUUCCUGCCCCUUCUGUCCAGUGCUGAAUGUGGGACACACUGGCAGAGGCAAAUCACAGAUGACAUGGUCUCUGCCGGGGCACAGGGUGCUACUCCAGGCAGGGGCGAUUCCGGAGGGCCCCUGGUCUGCAAGAAGAACGGAGUCUGGAAGCUGGUGGGCAUCUUGUCCAACGGCAGCAUCAAUGGCCACAAUAAUUUGCCUGUCGUUUGCCCUUGUGUCACUGCGCUCCUACCCUGGAUUCGUGAUAUCAUGACCAAGAACUAA